AUGUCCAAGUUAACAUUUUUGACAAGUUGUGAGGUCGCGAGUAUGCGAUUGCGAAUGAUAUUGUAUCAUGUCAAAGCAAGAGAAUUAUCCGGUGAAGCAGAUAGUAUUUUAAAAAUUGGAAAAGUUCGUAAAGAUAUUAAGAAACCUGCCAAUCCAGAAUUGGUUCCCGUUGGCUACGCUAACCAAAAUGUACCAAAGACCGUACAAAGGCACUUGAAAUGGAUCAUGCAAAAGGACAACAUACAACAGGAUGUAUUUUUGAUAGGAAAUCCAGGACCUCUACGUAGAAUUAUUGUCAUGCAAUACUUGGAGCUAACCAAGAGUGAAUUAGAGUAUAUUCGUCUAUCAAGGGAUACUACAGAAUCCGACCUUAAGCAAAGAAGAGAGAUAAUCUCUGGUACUGCUCACUACAUCGAUCAGUGUGCCGUAAGAGCUGCAAUUCAUGGAAGAGUCUUAGUACUAGAUGGCAUUGAAAAAACAGAAAGAAAUGUGCUUCCCAUUCUAAAUAACUUAUUGGAGAAUAGGGAGAUGCAAUUAGAUGAUGGACGCUUCUUAAUGGCUGCAGAUCGUUAUGAUAGCUUAUUGAAGACUCAUUCGAAAGAGGAACUUGAUGCACGUAAUCUGGUAAGAGUUAGUAAAGAGUUCCGUGUAAUUGCUCUUGGUUUACCUGUCCCAAAGUAUAUGGGAAAUCCGCUAGAUCCUCCUCUACGAUCCCGAUUUCAAGCUAGAGAUGUAGAAUAUCUACCAUAUCAGGAAUAUUUGCAAUCCUUUCAGAAGGAGUUUCGAAAUAUCCCUAAAGAAAGACUGGUAAAAAUUCUUUCCUAUGGCAGUACACUCUUAUUAUCGGAAGAUAAAUUACUUGGUUUACCUGACUUUCCCUUAUCUAACCUAUACUCAGUUGCUAAGAUUUUGGAUUCUGCUCCUGAGGCUUCAACCUAUCAAACUUUAUACAAACUUUAUCCCUAUGAACUUAUUCUAGGGUACGACGGGAAAAUGGCAGCCAAGCAUGCUCUCCAGAUGUUUGACGUGGUCGAUAAGGUGGAUGCCAGAUUACCUUAUCGAAUUACGGAUAUUAAACCGUCUGGUAAUGGUUCAGUUGCUUCAGUAACGUUACAAAGUCACACCAAGAAUUUAUGCCAUAUUGAAGUUCCAAUGGGGAAAAAUAAUCCUCUAAGGAAUGUUGAAGAUAUAAAGUAUUUCGUACCAACAUCUUAUCAUUCUGGAACACUGGCCGACAUGAUAUUAUCACAUAUGAUGCGCGAUUUCUGCCUAAUAGGUCCUAAGGGAUGUGGCAAGACACUAUUAGUUCAAAGCUUUGCUGACAUUUUAGGAUAUCAUACCGAAAAUGUUGUAUUAUACCAGGACAUGACUGCGCGUGACCUUUUGCAACAACGAGUUACGUUAGAAAAUGGCGAUACAACUUGGAGAAAUGCUCCUCUUAUUACAGCCGCCCUUGAAGGAUAUAUAGCCAUUUUAGAUGGACUUCAUCGUCUUAACCCAUCAACGCUAAUGAUUUUACAAAGGUUAAUCGACGAUCGAGAAUUAACUUUGCAUGAUGGUACACGAUUGAUGUCAGUGGAUAAAUAUAAAUUGCUACAGGAAAGUUCAGGUCUAUCAGAAACAGAAUUGCAAGAAAGGUCUAUAUUACCAAUACACCCCACUUUCCGUAUAAUAGGUUUGGCGGAACCGAAAGGAUCAUCUGGAAAAACUAGUGGGCAGCAGUGGUUGAAUUCUGAAUUGUUAACAUUAUUUUUGCAUCACGAAAUUCGACCUCUAACGAAGUCCGAAGAAAUCGACGUUAUUAAAACUCUGGUUCCCAGAGUUCCAGAACAAGACAUGGGUCUGUUAAUGAAAUUUACACAUAGUUUACGAAAUAACAAUGAUCCUACGGUCCAAUCUAUUUCUUCAUCUCUCUCAACACGUCAACUUUUACGAAUUUCACGACGAUUAGCAAGUUACCCUAAUGAAAAUCUUAGACAUUCUAUUUAUAAAGCCUGUUUAUCGAAAUUUCUACCACCUUUAGCAUCUGAUGUACUGGAGAAUGGCCUUAAAGAAGCUGAAUUUGUUGCUGAAAAAUUAACUGAUGAUGCGGAUGCAACAUAUAAAGUAGAGAAUGAUAGUUUAAGAAUUGGUAAGAUAACAACUACGAGAUAUAAACCUGAUAGCGAGGUUAUGGUUCCUGAUGUUUUAUUUUACGAUAAUCUUCAGCAUAUUAAAAUUAUGGAAGAUAUGUUGAAAGACUUCUUACUAGGAGAACACUUACUACUUAUAGGGAAUCAGGGCGUUGGUAAAAAUAAAAUUGUAGAUCGUUUUCUUCAUCUCCUUAAUCGUCCAAGGCAAUACAUUCAAUUACAUAGAGAUACCACUGUACAAGGACUGACAUUACAACCAAGUGUUAGAGAUGGACAGAUCAUUUUUGAAGAUUCGCCUCUGGUCAAUGCCGUUCGGAACGGACAUGUCCUAGUAGUUGAUGAAGCGGAUAAAGCUCCUACUCAUGUAACAUGCAUCCUAAAAGCAUUAGUCGAAAGUGGAGAAAUGCUUUUGGCUGAUGGAAGAAAAAUUGUAACCGGCGUUCGACAAGCGGAAGCCCCGGAAAAUGCCAUACUUGCUCACAAAGAUUUCAGAUUGGUUGUAUUAGCUAAUAGACCAGGUUUUCCUUUUCUUGGCAAUGACUUCUUUGGAUCAUUAGGGGAUAUUUUUAGCUGCCAUGCCAUAGAUAAUCCGCCAGUCGAUUCUGAAGUGGCAAUGCUUAAGAAGUACGGCCCCGAUGUUCCUGAAGAAGUUAUUAGAAAGCUUGUUGCUGCUUUUGGAGAGCUCAGGCACCUAGCUGACGAUGGACAAAUAUCUUACCCAUAUUCAACCCGUGAAGUUGUUAACGUUGUUAGACACUUACAGAAAUAUCCUAAUGAUGGAAUAGCAAAUGUUGUCAAGAACGUUUUCGAUUUCGACAACCAUCAAAACGAAUUAAUGGAAGUCGUCAUUUCCACUCUACGUAAACAUGAUAUUCCGAUUGGAGCAUCAAUCCGCGAUAUCCGCCUAGCUAAGUCAUUUCCUUUACCUCCGCCAACACUAAUGUCGAAUUGGACGUUAUCUAAGCAGCAACGGUCAUUUAAGCCAUGUAGUAUUGAAACCUCAUAUCUGAUAGCUCAGGAUCGUUUAGAAAUUGGUGUUGAUCAUUUUGAAACACAGCAGAUUAAGCAGCGAUCCAUAGCAUUCAAUGAAUUACUUAGUACAUGGCAGUUAUUCAUGCAUUCAUCCAAUAGAAUUGCUGCUGUUGCGACAACUAAGGAUGGGAAAAAGAAUAAUAUCUAUGCUGCAACUUGUAAUCCAGUCAGCGUAUAUGCAAUGGAAGAAGACGCUGACUCAUACACCUUUCUUGAUUUGUACGGAAUGUUCCCUAGUACUCGUUACAGAUGGAAGCCUUCGUUAACAAUUUCAGCGUUAGGCAAUUCGAUGAAUGAUUGUAUUCUACUGCACGAAGAAACUAGUAACACCUUAAUGCUAGUGUGGCCUCGUAAAGGUGAAAUUCAAAAGAUUCAUACCAAAUCAAGAUUUGCUAGGGUUCGUGAUUCAUUUACUCGAAGAAUGGAAGAAUCCGAGGAAUUACACAAGAUUUGUAACGAAUUUUCGCAUGAAAAUUGGGUCGUGACAUAUAGAGAACAUGGGUCUUCAAAAAUUCACAAUAUAAAUAGGAAAUAUCUCCUUAAGAAAGAACAUGAAACCGAUUUAUGGCCUACUAUCCUUAUACAGACAGAACAAGAAAUGUUAUCAUCUGAACUCCAGCAAGAACAGGACCUUCAAUUAUCAUCGAAGGCCACCUCAGAAGCGAUCGUACAUAAAUUUCUUGAUAUAUCAAAUAUUGAUAACAUGACAAACAGGAUAGUGUCCGAUGAUAUGAGUUAUGCCGGUAUAGCAGUUGGCCUUCCUGAUAAUUUCUUAAAUGAUACUGAUACUGCAGUUGGCUUAUUUAAAGUACCACGUACUUUACAACCAGAAAAAAAUAGCGAAAUAGGAAGAACUGUUAGCGAUGCCGUUUUUCUAAGUUCUGUUGGUCAAGUAGCUCGAAUCGUGAAAGAUGUUCACGUUCCAGAAGAAAUUUCGAAAGAAGAAUCAUCUGAUCAUUUUAUCGAAGUUGUUGACUUACAAAGACAUGUAGUGAGAUUCUUACCACUCCCAAGAGUCCCGAGAUCAAAUUAUGUGUAUACCCCAGGAGAGAUAAUCCCAUAUGCAAUCAAUGCACUACCAGACGAUAGGAUAUUGGUUAUUGACUCUACUGGACGUGUUACUUUAUGGGAAACAGGAUUUAGCAACUUAGAAAGUUCGCUAGAUAAAUGGAUGCAACUAGUUACUGAUGAAGGUGCAGCAGAGGAUACACAAAUAACAAUCGAGCGACCAAACGAUCUGGAGGUUACAGAUCCAAAACACGGAAAGGAAGAUCCAUCAAACGCGCCCCAUGUUGGCGGCAAUACCUGGGCUGGUGGUACUGGUGGAAGAAGCACUGCUGGCUUAGGAGGUAGAGGAGGACCAUACCGGUUAGAUGCUGGGCAUGAUGUCUAUCAAGUUUCCGAUACUGACAAAGAAGUCGUACCACCAGAAAUCUCUGAGGCUGCUAGAAAGAUGAACAGAAAAGCAUUUCAGGACAGGCUUCGGGAGAUUGAAAUGAGUGAAUAUGAUGCCGACGCUUACGACAAAGUAUCGAAUACUGUUCAACGGCAGGUUAAAGCCUUACGUGUUAUAUUAGACAGCCUUGAGGCAAAAGGUUUAGAAAGAACUUGGGCAAAAAAUCAAACAACUGGAGAUCUUGAUGAUAACAGGCUGAUUGAAGGCCUAACAGGAGAGCGUACAAUAUAUAAGAGAAGAGCAGACAAGGAACCUGAGUACAACUCCCAAGAUCAGGAACACCCAAAACGACUUAGGCUAGCUGUUGAUGUGAGCGGUAGUAUGUAUAGAUUUAAUGGAGUAGACGGUAGACUUCAGAGAACACUAGAAGCGACAUGCAUGUUAAUGGAAGCAUUCGAAAACUAUGACCAAAAAUUUCAGUAUGAAAUUUUCGGUCAUUCCGGAGAAGAUCCCGAAAUUCCCUUUAUAAGAUACGACAAAGCACCUAAAAAUAAUAAGGAACGACUUAAAGUUUUAAAGGCUAUGCAUGCACAUUCUCAAUUCUGUUUUAGUGGUGAUACUACUAUGGAAGCUACAAAAAAUGCAGUAGAAAAAGUUGUAGAAGACGAAGCCGAUGAACAUUUUGUAAUUAUACUAUCUGAUGCAAAUUUGGAAAGAUAUGGUUUAAACGCAGCCAAACUAGGAGCAAUGAUGAGCUCCGAUCCGAGAGUUAAUGUAUUCUUCAUAUUCAUUGGUUCUUUGGGAAAUCAAGCUGAAAGACUAAAGAAAAAACUUCCUGCUGGACAUGCUUUCGUUUGUAUGAAUACCAAAGAUAUUCCACAAAUAUUACAACAAAUAUUUACUUCUACAAUGCUUUUAACAAGAUGA